AUGGAAGGCUCAAUAGGGAAGGACGAGAUCGUGGCCACCACCAAAUUCAAACCAUCUUCCUCUUCGAUCGCGGCACGGCAGAAGAAGCAGCAGGAUGAUGUGGUCGACGACUGGGACGCCGAGAGUAGCGACGAAGACACAGCCUCGGUGCAGCAGAACGAUGCAGCAGAGACGAGCCCAGCGCAAGCGGACGUCUUCCGCGCAUCCAAGGACGAGUGGACAGAAGCCAACUCACAGGCACCUACGGCUGUUCCGCUUGUCGUGUCGGGCCCAGGCCGAACACUGCCCGGGUCGGCCUACGGCCAGCGCUUGAAUUCUCGCGAGAACGGGCCGGUACCCUCGUCACCGUACGCAGGCAGCUCCGCUACGGCAGAGCCACCGCGGAUCCUCCAACGGCCCAAGAAUGUGGCUCCUGGCGUACGCAGUGACGGAACACCAGCGACCAUGUCGGAUUCGUCCUCUCAAGAGCGCAAGACGGUGGAGCAGCGCCAGGAAGAGUAUCGUUUGGCGCGCGAGAGGAUCUUUGGUACUCCCACCAACGCGUCUGGUGCGCCGUCGAGGGGUCGCCCCUCGAAGCAGUAG